UGAUUCAGAUAUACAAUCAAGAGGGCAGGCUUUUAUUUAUUUACUUUGCUAUUUGUUUCUGUGAAUGAAUAUGUUCAAAGUAGUUUUUAAAAACACAAGAAGUUGUUAUUACAAGAUCUUAUGGUAAGAAGUAUACAUAACUAGAUUGUGAAACAUUUACUGGGUGAAGUUUGAACUAUGUGUUUUUAAACCUCAGAGUUCAGAGAAAUUGUUAAAAUGUAGCCUUUAAAAGUUUAAGAAGAAAUGAGGAGAAAUUCGUGCUAAAAAGUGUCGUGCAAAGUCUCAAAACAUUUUCUAGUGAAAAUUCUACUCUGCAGUUCUUUUUAUUUUGCUGUAUUUUCGCUCGUAUAUCCAUUUUUUCUUGUUGUUAUUUUUGUUAAUUUUAGAUGCUUUUGUUGUUGUUGUUGUUUUAUAGUUUUUAUUGCUCUUUUACAUUGGUCGAUGUUUUUGUUAUUUUUGUUUUUUUUUUAUUUUUAGUUUAAAUAUCCGUUGUUUAACGCCGAUACAACACCAUAUUUUCUUUAAUCGUGACUUUUUAUAUCAUUUGCUUAUUUUUCUUUCAUUUAUAUAGAUUAAGGUUUGAGCUGUUUUGAUGGUAGAAUAGGAAUCGUCGUCAUAAGAACUUCCUGCAAGUAAAGAUGUUUUGUUUUUUGCAAACUGACUAAUAACGAUUGUUUACCAAUGACUUUGUGAGACUGUAGUCAUGUGCAUAAUCUUGGAUAAUAAUUUCAUUGAUUAAAAGUAAAUAGAGGAAUUAAAGACUCAUGGACAGAGAUUUGCCAUGCUUGUAGAUAUAACAGAACCUGAUAGCGACUUGGUUAAAGUAUUUUACCUUAUAGGCACAAAAUGUUGUGUACAUAUCACAUUUUAAUUCCACAUAUCACCUCACUUAAAAUUUUCGGCAAACAAGUUGACGUCAUAAGUUUUUAUCAACUCUUAGUUGCCAGGCAUGUCUGUUUUUAGAAGGAAGGGAAAUUUUUUCCAUGUCACACAUAAAUAUUUUAGUGCUCCCUGUUUUCGUUUCUUGACUACUUUAAGAUCUUGUGGUUUUGAAGUUAAUUAUUGUAUAUUAUCAAAGUUUAAGUUAUUGCCAUAAUUGUUAUUAUCAUUAUUUAACUCGAUAAGUACUGACUAUCCAUUCUAGAAAUAAAGUACUAAUUGAUGAAUAAGUGAGUUUAUUAAAGAUGUCUUCAUCAGCGUUUCACAUUCCACGAAUCGUGGUACAAAGUCCAGACGAAGUAGACGAGUUGCUUGGAAAAUAUAUAAACAAACUAUCUGCCCCAUGCAAGAUUAACACAAAAGAGAAGUUAAGAGAAAAGUUACGAACAAGAAGAGGCGGUACUAAACGAAGCCUGGAAACUACUUUAGAAACCAUAAAGGAAGAAUUCGACCUUGAUAAGUUGAGACACCUCAAACAUAAAACGUCCGAAGAAGAACAACAAAACAACAAAAAGCAAUUAAGACUGCAAGAUUCUUGCUUCUGUCAACAAACCUGUUGCGAUAAUAUCAGCCAGAACUCUGCAGAGAAUGACAUUAAUUAUACCUGCAAUAAUGAAACAUGCGAUAACUCCUGUUACGAUAGCAACAACAACGAAUUUUUUGCGACGUCAUUAAGUUUGACGUCAAAGGACACUAAAGUGACUUCAUGUAUAACUCCAUCAUUGAUAUCAAUUAGCAUGAAACCGGUUAUGCCUGUUAGCAUCACACCGGCGUCGGUCAUUAAGCCUAUACCGGUAACCUUAAAAUCAUCCUCAUUCGGACUUAAACGAAAGUUACUGCCAUUAGUGCCUGCGAUGAAAUGUGUACGACAUUUCAGCAGUUUGACGUCAAAUUUUGAAGAAAACGUAUCGGCCAUGAAGAAGAUGAAACUUUAAUUAUUUCAAAUGCGCAGGAAACAAAGGCGGCAUUUAUCUAACAGAGUUUAAAGCAGGUGUAUAGGGAAAUGUUUCCGGACGAGGUGGGACGGUAUCUAAAGAAUGAGUGAAAUCACACGACGGCUAUGUUUUCAUUUCGCCUAUCAUAUAUUAGGUAUAUAUACAAUGUAUGAUCACUCCUUUGCAUAAACAAAUGUGUUUUAUACAAGUUCUUUGGAGUGAAAAAUACGUGUCACAAGUUUCGCCGUCACCUCUAACAAGACAUAUUAAUUUCACGUUAAACGAAAAAAGAAAGGGCAAUUUUGGGCAAUUUAUUUGUUCUUUAUCAAAAUUUCUCAGAAUAAUUUAGACUUGCUUGCAAAGCCUUGUAUUAAUCUAAAGAUCAAAAUAAGUUUUAACACAAUUUUCAUGUGAUUUAGUAUAUCUACUGAAAUGCUUAUAAAAAUCAAACCUUCGCGAUUAUCAGCUUUAAUCUCAUUGUCGACGAAGGGGUAUUUCAAAUAAUCUUUAGAACCAUCCGCUUAUUGUUGUUGCUGUUAUUUUUACUUUUGGGCGGACACUAAGUCUUCGUGAAGCAAGCACAUCAAAUAAUUGUAAGAAUUUGGCUAGAGUGUUGCAAAAUUAAACUUAGGCGAAACUAAUUCAGCUUAAAAGUCCAAUUUUUUAUUUUAAUUUCGCUAUUUCUGGUUAAUAAAUCGAUUUUCUUAUUUCGCGCUUGACCUCAAGAUCAUUUUCCACAAUUUAUUUUCGCAGUUGAGCUAAAAAUCAUUUCCCCCACAUCUUAGGUUUUGCGGUUUGUAGGACCUGGGAGAGAGCGAAAUUGUCAUGCCAUAAUGCAUUUGAAACUAAACAUUGGUUGAUCAGUUAGUUCAGGUUAUGUUCUCUAUAUUUUAUAUAGAUAUUGUAUAUAAUAUACAAGUGUUAAACACGAUGUAGAUACAGUAUAUAAUUGUGAAAGUUAUUAGUAAUUUGUUUUUUAUAUCUUUCUUUUUUUCUCCCUGUUGUAUUUUUCUGUUAUCACUACAUUACUUCACGUAAGAAUAUAGGUAUUCUUUGUCAUGA